AUGGAAGUGAAGGAACGCAGACCCUACCGCUCUCUGACUGCCAAGCGGGACAGUGAACGUCGGUACACCAGCUCUUCUGCUGACAGUGAGGAUGGCAAACCCAAUCCUAAAUCCUACAGCUCCAGCGAGACACUCAAGGCCUUUGACCAGGACCCCAGACUGGCGUACGGGAGUCGAGUUAAAGACGUCGUGCACCACGAGGCAGACGAAUUUUGCAGGCAAGGGGCAGACUUUUCUCUCAGAGACCUGGGUUUCGGAGAGCCGAUGCCGUCCCAUAUGGCGGCGUACAGGACAGAUCUGGGCUUGCCUCACCGCGACUACUCGGUCAGCGUUGGCUCGGACGCCGACACGGAGACGGACGGCAUCAUGUCCCCAGAGCACGCCGUCCGCCUGUGGGGCCGAAGCAACACCAAAUCCGGACGCAGUUCCUGCCUUUCCAGCCGGGCUAACUCUAACCUGACCCUCACCGACACAGAACACGAGAACACGGAGAACGGUCCUCCUCUGCAUUGCUCAACCGCCUCCUCCUCCCCUGUUGAGUCCCCCUUCCCUCCCCCUUCCCAUACAGCCAAUGAGAGCCAGGGAAGGUUGCUAGGUAACAGUGGGGCUCAGCCAGCCCAGGACUCUGACUCGGAAGAUGAGUUUGGCCCCAAUUCAUUCUUAGUUAAAACUGGCUCAGGGAACCUCUAUGCUCCUGCCGCUGCGACUGCUGACGACGGCUCCUUUCAGAACCACUCUCGGCUCCGGACUCCUCCGCUGCCUCUCUCUCAUUCUCAUUCGCCUAGUCAGCACCAUGCGGCCUCUAUUAGUUCCCUGAACCGGAGCAACUACACGGCGCACAGCAACCCAAGUCCUGCUCCCACGGACAGCUCCGUGCCACCCGAGGGGCCCGCGAGUGCUCAGGACUCCGGCAGCGCCCAGGACAACUGGCUCCUCAACAGCAACAUUCCCUUGGAGACCAGAAACAUAGCAAAGCAGACAUUCCUAGAGACUUUACAGGACAACUUUAUAGAGAUGGACAUUCUGGCCACGGCACGGCGCGAUGGCACACUCAGCGAUGGACACUUUUUGUUCAAGCCGGGUGGGACGUCACCUCUCUAUUGCACAACGUCGCCUGGUUACCCUUUGACCUCCAGUACGGUGUACUCCCCGCCACCUCGGCCCUUGCCCCGAAACACCUUCUCACGUCCGGCCUUCAGCCUGAAGAAGCCCUACAAAUACUGCAACUGGAAAUGUGCGGCACUCAGCGCCAUUCUCAUCUCUGUGACCCUGGUGUUCUUGUUAGCUUACUUCAUUGCCAUGCAUCUAUUUGGUUUGAACUGGCACUUACAGCCGUUGCAGAGGCAAAUGUUCCAGUUGGCGGAGGACAACACCAGUGGCCCACCUUUGCCCACAGACCUGGGCCCACCUCCACUUGGCAACACGGGCCUUGAAAUCCCCGACCGGAGAGGCAAACACGAUGGGAAACUAGAUGGCUUGUUUCCGGAUGAUAGCUUCAUAGACAUGGGUGAGAUUGACGUGGGUCGUAAAGUGGCCCAGCAGAUCCCGCCAGGAAUCUUCUGGAGAUCCCAGGUCUUUGUUGACCAUCCCAUGUACCUCAAGUUCAACGUCUCUCUCAGCAAAGACGCUUUGGUGGGGAUUUACGGUCGGAGGGGCCUGCCUCCAUCGCACACGCAGUUUGACUUUGUAGAGCUGCUGGAUGGACGACGGCUCCUGGCACAAGGGGUGCAGGGCCUCGAGGGACCCCCGGCCCAGCAACGGAGUUUGGCGCCCAUCACGAGUCACGACACGGGCUUCAUCCAGUAUAUGGACUCGGGCAUAUGGCACCUCGCCGUUUACAACGAUGGCAAAGAGACGGAACAGGUGUCCUUUCUCACGACAGCUAUAGAUUCCAUCGAUGACUGUCCGAGUAACUGUUUUGGAAAUGGCGAUUGUGUAGCCGGCACGUGCCACUGUUUCCUUGGCUUUCGCGGCCCUGACUGUGGAAGGGCCUCAUGUCCAGUCCUAUGCAGUGGGAACGGCCAGUACUUAAAAGGUCGCUGCAUGUGUCACAGCGGCUGGAAAGGCGCCGAGUGUGACGUUCCAACCGGUCAGUGCAUCGACGUCACCUGCAGCAGCCACGGCACCUGUAUCGUGGGAACCUGCAUCUGCAAUCCGGGUUACAAGGGCGAGAACUGUGAGGAGGUGGAUUGCCUGGACCCGACUUGCUCAGGGAGAGGGGUGUGUGUACGUGGGGAGUGCCACUGCUUUGUAGGCUGGGGUGGCCCGGGGUGUGAGAGCCCCAGAGCCUCCUGCAUGGACCAGUGUUCUGGACACGGGGCCUUCCUGGCAGACACAGGGACGUGCAGCUGUGACCCCAACUGGACCGGACACGACUGCUCCACAGAGAUUUGUGCAGCCGACUGUGGUGGCCACGGCAUCUGCGUGUCGGGCACCUGUCGCUGUGACGACGGCUGGAUGGGCGCCGGGUGCGAACAGAGGGCGUGUCACCCUCGCUGUAACGAGCACGGCACAUGCAAGGACGGCAAAUGCGAAUGCAGCCCGGGGUGGAACGGAGAGCACUGCACCAUCGAGGGCUGCCCAGGCCUGUGUAACGGUAAUGGCAGGUGCACUCUGGGUAACAACGGCUGGUACUGCGUCUGUCAGCUGGGCUGGAGGGGUCUGGGCUGUGACACCUCCAUGGAAACGGCUUGCAGCGACGGCAAGGAUAACGACGGAGAUGGGCUGGUGGACUGUAUGGAUCCUGACUGUUGUCUCCAAGCCUCGUGCCACUCCACCUCCUUAUGUGUGGGUUCCCCAGACCCACUCGACAUCAUUCAGGAGACGCAGAUCUCCACCGGUCAGAGAAACAUGCAGUCCUUCUUCCAGCGAGUACGCUUUCUGGUGGGUCGUGACAGCACCCACGUCAUCCCCGGAGCUAACCCUUUCGACGGCAGUCACGCCUGUGUCAUCCGUGGACAAGUGGUGACCUCUGACGGAACUCCUCUGGUUGGAGUGAACAUCAGCUUCAUCAACAACCCUGCCUACGGCUACACCAUCACACGACAGGAUGGAAGUUUUGACCUGGUGACCAACGGGGGUAUUGCCAUUGCUCUGAGGUUUGAGCGUGCUCCCUUCAUCACUCAGGAGCACACACUGUGGUUGCCAUGGGGACGUUUCUUUGUCAUGGACACCAUCGUCAUGCGGCACGAGGUCAAUGACAUCCCCAGCUGUGAUCUGAGCAGCUUCACGCGGCCGAGUCCUGUGGUGUUACCUGCCCCCCUCACCGCUUUCGCUGGGGCCUGUGCCGAGAGGGGGGCCAUCGUACCUGAAAUACAGGCUCUGCAGGAGGAGGUGCACAUCCCAGGGACGGACAUGCACCUGGGCUACCUGAGCAGCCGUACCCCGGGUUACAGGUCUCUGCUGCGGGUGCUGCUGACCCACGCCGCCAUCCCCUUCAACCUGAUGAAGGUCCACCUCAUGGUGGCCGUGGAAGGGCGUCUCUUCAGGAAGUGGUUUCCGGCGGCGCCUAACCUGUCGUACGACUUCAUCUGGGACAAAGCCGACGUUUACAGCCAGAAGGUCUACGGCUUAUCCGAGGCUUUCGUGUCUGUCGGCUUUGAAUACGAAUCCUGCCCUGAUCUGAUCCUGUGGGAGAAGAGGACCGCAGUUCUGCAGGGUUACGAGACCAUCACCACCAACCUAGGGGGCUGGACUCUUGACAGACACCAUGCCUUGAAUGUCCAGAGUGGCAUCCUGCACAAGGGUAACGGCGAGAACGUCUUCAUCUCCCAGCAGCCCCCUGUGAUUGGGAGCAUCAUGGGAAAUGGGCGUCGGCGCAGUAUCUCCUGCCCCAGCUGUAAUGGCCUGGCUGACGGAAACAAACUCCUAGCUCCUGUGGCCCUGGCGUGUGGCUCAGAUGGCAGUCUGUACGUGGGCGAUUUCAACUAUGUGCGUCGCAUCUUUACCACGGGAAACGUCACGAGCGUUCUCGAGCUCAGCAAUAGCCCAGCACAUAAGUAUUACCUGGCUACCAGUCCAGUGUCGGGGGCUGUCUACCUCUCAGACACCAGCAGCAGGAAAGUGUUCAAGGUGAAGUCUCUGAACACAGUGAAGGAUGUUGCCAAAAAUCUGGAGCUGGUGGCAGGUACAGGGGACCAGUGUCUGCCCUAUGAUGAGACCCGCUGUGGAGAUGGGGGCAAAGCUGUAGAGGCCACCCUCACUAACCCCAGAGGUAUUGCCGUGGAUAAGUUUGGAGUAAUCUUUUUCGUUGAUGGAACCAUGAUCCGCCGAAUCGAUCAGAACGGCAUCAUCUCCACCCUCCUGGGCUUCAACGACUUGACCUCCGCACGGCCCCUCAGCUGUGACUCAGUGAUGGACAUCUCACAGGUCCGUCUGGAAUGGCCAACUGAUCUGGCCGUGAGUCCCAUGGACAAUUCCUUGUAUGUGCUGGAUAACAACGUGGUGCUCCAGAUCUCUGAGAAUCACCAGGUUCGGAUAGUGGCAGGACGUCCUAUGCACUGCCAGGUACCAGGGCUAGAUCAUUUCCUGGUCAGCAAAGUGGCUAUCCACGCUACACUGGAGUCCGCCAAUGCUCUGGCAGUUUCUCACAAUGGCAUCCUCUACAUCGCCGAAUCGGACGAGAAAAAGAUCAAUCGUGUGCGUCAAGUGUCCACCAAUGGUGAGAUCUCUUUGGUGGCUGGGGCACCUAGUGGUUGCGACUGCAAGAACGAUGCCAACUGUGACUGCUACUCGGGCGAUGACGGCUACGCAAAAGAUGCCAAGCUCCACUCUCCGUCUUCUUUAGCGGUUUCACCCGACGGAGAGCUGUACAUCGCCGAUUUGGGCAACAUCCGAAUCCGUUACGUGCGUCGGAACAAGCCCUACCUCAGUCCUCUAAACAUGUACGAGGUGUCCUCUCCCAUCGACGAUGAGCUCUACCUCUUCGAUGCAAACGGAAGUCACAUCUACACACAGAGCCUUACCACCGGAGACUACCUUUACAACCUGACCUACACAGGGGAAGGAUACUUAAGCACCAUCACAGAUAAGAACAAGAACACGGUGACCAUCCGAAGGGACACUACUGGAAUGCCCCUCUGGUUCAUGGGCCCUGAUGGACAAACCUUCUGGUUUACCAUUGGAACUAAUAAUGCCCUCAAAAGUGUGGCUGCUCAAGGUCAAGAGUUAGCCUUCCUGACUUACCAUGGAAGCUCAGGGUUACUUGCAACUAAAAGCAAUGAAAAUGGAUGGACCACCUUUUAUGAGUACGACAGUUACGGCCGCCUGACAAACGUGACGUACCCCACAGGUAGGGUGAGCAGUUACCGGACCGACUCUGACAGCGCGGUCCGCGUUCAGACCGAAGGCUCCAACAAAGAAGACAUCACUGUCACGACCAAUCUCUCAGCUUCCGGCACUUUCUACACACUUAUGCAAGAACAAGUGAAGAACAGCUACUACAUUGGACUGGACGGUUCUUUGCGGCUUGUGCUGGCCAAUGGAAUGGAGGUAUCCCUGCAUACAGAGCCACAUCUGCUGGCAGGGACGGUCAACCCCACAGUCAGCAAGAGGAAUGUCACGCUGCCCAUAGACAACGGCUUAAACCUGGUAGAAUGGAGACAGCGCAAGGAACAGGCCAGGGGCCAGGUCACUGUGUACGGACGUAGGCUUCGGGUUCAUAAUAGGAAUUUGCUUUCCAUGGAUUUUGACCGGAUCACCAGGACAGAAAAGGUUUAUGACGACCACAGGAAGUUCACGCUAAGGAUACACUAUGAUCACGCAGGAAGGCCGACUCUGUGGGCACCCAGCAGCAGACUGAAUGGGGUCAACGUCACGUACUCACCAGGCGGCCACGUCGCUGGCAUCCAGAGAGGCACAAUGUCAGUUCGAAUGGAAUAUGAUCAGAACGGCCGAAUCACUUCAAAGAUAUUUGCGGACGGCAAGUCAUGGAGCUACACCUACCUUGAGAAGUCAAUGGUCUUGCUGCUCUAUAGUCAGAGACAGUACAUCUUUGAAUUCGACAAGAAUGAUCGCCUGUCCUCAGUGACCAUGCCCAAUGUUGCCAGGCAAACCCUAGAGACCACCCGGUCCAUUGGUUACUAUAGGAACACCUACCGUCCCCCAGAGGGCAAUGCUACAGUGCUGCAGGACUACAAUGAUGAUGGGCAACUACUGCAGACAAUCUACCAGGGUACUGGUCGCCAUGUCAUCUACAAGUAUGGGAAGCUCUCUCGGCUGUUGGAGAUUCUGUAUGACACCACGCGCAUCGCCUUUGCAUACGAUGAAGCUGCGGGCAUGCUAAAGACAGUCAGCCUACAAAGCGAAGGUUUCACCUGCACCAUUAGAUACCGACAGAUUGGCCCACUCAUCGAUAGGCAGAUCUUCCGUUUUAGUGAGGAGGGCAUGGUCAACGCCCGCUUUGACUACAACUAUGACAACAGCUUCCGGGUUACCAGUAUGCAGGCCGUCAUCAAUGAGACACCACUGCCCAUUGACCUUUAUCGUUACGAUGAUGUCUCAGGCAAGACAGAACAGUUUGGUAAAUUUGGUGUCAUCUACUAUGACAUCAACCAGAUUAUUACCACAGCUGUUAUGACUCACACAAAGCACUUUGAUGCAUAUGGACGCGUAAAAGAGGUACAAUAUGAGAUCUUUCGAUCACUCAUGUUCUGGAUGAUGGUACAGUAUGACAACAUGGGUCGUGUGGUAGCCAAAGAACUCAAGGUGGGACCUUACGCAAACACAACACGCUACUCCUACGAGUACGAUGCUGACGGUCAGCUCCAAGUGGUCUCUAUCAAUGACAAACCACUCUGGCGCUACAGCUAUGACUUGAAUGGUAACCUGCACCUACUUAGUCCUGGCAACAGUGCCCGACUCACACCACUGCGCUAUGACUUGCGGGAUCGCAUCACGCGGCUUGGCGACAUCCAGUACAGGUUGGAUGAGGAUGGUUUUCUCCGGCAAAGAGGUAACGACUUUUUUGAGUACAACUCUGCCAGUCUGCUGGUCAAAGCCUACAACAAGGUUAGUGGCUGGACCAUCAAGUAUCGUUAUGACGGCCUGGGAAGGAGGGUAUCCAGCAGAAGCAGCCAGGGCCACCAUCUGCAGUUCUUCUACGCUGACCUGUCUAGCCCUACAAGAGUUACACACAUGUACAAUCACUCCAGCUCGGAGAUCACUUCGCUCUAUUACGACCUGCAGGGUCACCUCUUUGCCAUGGAACUGAGCAGUGGUGAUGAGUUCUAUGUCGCCUGUGACAAUAUUGGAACACCACUUGCUGUCUUCAGUGGUGCUGGCCUUAUGAUCAAACAGAUCUUGUAUACUGCAUUUGGAGAAGUAUACCUGGACUCUAACCCAAACUUCCAGCUUGUGGUGGGUUACCAGGGUGGUCUCUAUGAGCCCCUUACCAAGCUUCUCCACAUGGGUCGCAGGGACUAUGAUGUCCUGGCUGGUCGUUGGACUACUCCAGACCACGAUGUGUGGAAGCGUCUGAAUAGCAACAACAUGGUGCCCUUCAACUUAUAUAUGUUCAAGAACAACAACCCACUAAGCAACAACCAUGAGACCAAGUGCUACAUGACAGACGUGAACAGCUGGCUGGUGACUUUUGGCUUCCAGCUGUACAAUGUCAUCCCAGGCUACCACAAACCUGUCACUGAUGCCAUGGAGCCAUCUUAUGAGCUCAUCCACACACAGAUGAAAACUCAAGAGUGGGACAGCACCAAGUCUGUACUUGGGGUGCAGUGUGAGGUCCAGAGGCAACUCAAGUCAUUUGUUCGGUUGGAACGGUUCGGUCAAAUCUACAGGUCCAGCGGCGCUGGUUGUCCCCAGUCCCCUGUCCGCACAUUCUUUGCCUCGGGUGGCUCCAUGUUUGGCAAGGGCGUGAAGCUUGCUAUCCGAGAGGGGCGUGUCAGUGCUGACAUCAUCAGCGUGGCCAAUGAGGACGGCCGGAGGUUGGCGGCGGUACUGGACCAGGCUCUUUACUUGGAGGACCUGCACUUCACAAUCGUCGGGGUGGACACCCACUACUUCGUUAAGCUCGGAUCAGUGGAGGGAGACCUCUCUCUGCUGGGCAUGACGGUCGGUCGUCGCACCCUGGAGACGGGUGUGAACGUGACGGUGUCACAAGUCAACGCCGUGCUGGGCGGCAGGACUCGCCGCAUCACGGACAUCGAACUGCAGCACGGCGCCCUGAGCCUGAACGUGCGCUACGGCAGCAGCGUGGACGAGGAGAAGGCCCGCGUCCUGGAGCUGGCGCGGCAGCGGGCAGUGGCUGCCGCCUGGGCACGCGAACGCUACAGACUGCGACAGGGCGAGGAGGGCUCGCGGACCUGGACGGACAGCGAGCGGCAGCAGCUGCUGAACUCGGGCCGCGUCCCGGGUUACGACGGAUAUUACGUGGUGUCGGUGGACCAGUAUCCCGAGCUUUCGGACAGCGUCCACAACAUCCACUUCAUGAGACAGAGCGAGAUGGGCCGCAGGUGACAUGAACAAGUGGCUCUUCGGCGCCAGGCUCGUACCGCGUCCAGGACUUCUUGCCAAAGACAGUUGCGUAUGUGACCACUUCGUUUUUUGUUUUUGUUUA